AUGGCCAAUUCAUCCGACGAAGAGACCGACUCACGGACAGCUUUGGUGGGCGCGUCGCGCACCAAAGCAAACCCACGUUCCACUUCGCGCUCCGCAUCAACCGACAGCAAUUCGCGCCCGGCCAAAAGACAACGAAAGAACCAGAACACAAAGGACUCAGGCCUUGGCGAUAUUGUUCCCCGCGGAGGCUCCUUCAGUGAGAACACGUUACCAGUCGAUCCCGAUAGCACAUCUAGCUCUGGAACCAGCUCAGACUCAAGCGAUUCAAGCUCCGAUUCUGAUUCUGGCUCCGAUUCCGAUGCGAAUGAGCUCGCGAGCACAAACCCGCACGAGGGCAGCACUGCGCCUGCCAUCAGUUGGAACCAGGGUCGCAAAGCCGCUGUGCGCACUACGCUAGGGAAGCGAUCAGCGCCAAAUGCGGAUUCCAUACAGUUCACAGCGAUCAACGAUAAAUACUGGCGCGCUCGCAGUGACUCUGCCUCUUCGGUUGGUGAGGGAGCGGGUGAACCUGAAGAGAAGAAGUCCAAAACAGACAACGAUUCUGCAGAGGAGGAUGAGCUUGAGGAAGGAGAGAUUGAUUCGAAGAGCGAAUCGGAUGACACAUCCCUGGACUCUGAGGCGGACGACUCAAUCCUGCUCAAUAUCGGCGAGAAAAUGAAUGGACAGAACGGUGCCGAAGAUUACGAUCCCGCCACCCUGGCCCACCAGCACGGGUCUGUCAAUGGAAACACAAGCACAAAUGGCGGAUCCUCGAAUGGAAAAGAGGAGGCUUUCCGAACAUUCUCCCUCAAAUACCCAACUGCGCCAACCUCUUUGAUUGAUCUUGGUCAGCAGGACCUUGAAAUCCAGGCUAAAUUCAUUCACUUCGGUACCAACAUUCACGAUCUGGACCUGAAGUUACCCGUCUCCUGCAUUGAAUGCCAGCGGGAGGGUCACAUGGCUGAGAUAUGCCCGUUGAAAGAGUGCACACACUGUGGCUCAUGGGAUCAACAUCAAAGCAGCACCUGCCCUGGCUGGCGAAGAUGUCAAAAAUGUCGCGAACGAGGUCACGAUGAGCCCCAAUGCGAGUCAAAAUUAUUCGGAAGUGCGUUCGAGGUCCCUUGUGACCACUGCGGCCAGCAACACUUGGAGUCUCAGUGUGAUUACCUCUGGAAAUUCCCAUCACUAGAGACCCAUGCACAGCAGACAACAGUGUCAAUCUGCUGCGCCAGUUGUUGCAGCAUGAAGCAUCUAGUGGGCGACUGCGAAAUGAGAAACGCGCGGUUGAAAUUCACCUCAUCCUCAUUCAGCCUGAAAGACAUCGACCCCGAUACCAUUACAAACCUGAACACUGUGGGUGCCAGCCGAAAUGCACCACCAGGCCGACCUGGGACUCGCGUAAGACGUGACUGGUCCCCGCCUUCUUCGUCAGAUGAAGGUGAUAUGAUGUCCCGGGUCUCCAGAGGCCGAGGCCGUCCAACACCUGCCCCGCGGGGCAACAACCGUGGAAAUAUUCAGUUCGCAAAUGGAUCUGGAAAUGUCAGAUCUCGUGGCCCUUCUCGUGGCCGCCCACCAUUGUCUGGAAACGGUCCCCGUGCUAAUGCACCACUCCCGCAGAGGCCGCCUCCCCCUAAGAGCGGUCGUGGUCGUGGUGGGUCUUCUCGAGGAGGUCCCCCGCGCGGGCCGCGAGGUGGCCGUGGCCGUGGCCGGGGUCACUAA